AUGUUUCUAAUCAAUCAGCUCGCACAGAAGCUAGACCCAGAGGAGAUGAAGUGCAAGAUGCGUGAGGAUGUCCCCUCCUCCAAACAUCGCUUCCUUAUCUACGUGGCCCUGCUACACGUGGGGAUCCCUUUUAUCUUAAAGAAGCAGGACAGUGUAUGA